GGCCUCCCCGCCCCUCCCCCUCCGUGGAAAGCAAAGGCCCUGGCAACAGCUGACACCCGAUCUGCCCAGUCUCUCAACCCGGGGCAGCCAGAAGGAAAUCCACUGCCCUGUGGCUACCGGGACAACAAGGCCUACAGCAGCCCGGCCCUGCAUCAGGAACAAGGAGGGCUCAGCCUGUAACUUCAAGUGAGACGCCAUCGCCAUCUUUGUAGCAGUAACCUGAAGCUGCAGUAGUGCUUCCAGAUUGUGCGAAGACACUCCCCCCCACGGCCACAGUAGGUCUCUCCUGUGACAAUGUCUUCCAUUAAGAUCGAGUGUGUUUUGCGAGAGAAUUGUCGUUGCGGAGAGUCACCAGUAUGGGAUGAAGCAUCCAACUCUCUGCUUUUUGUGGACAUCCCUGCAAGAAAGGUUUGCCGGUGGGAUUCACUUACCAAGCAAGUGCAGCAAAUGAGUGUGGAUGCCCCAGUCAGCUCCGUGGCCCUUCGCCAAUCAGGAGGCUAUGUUGCCACCAUUGGAACAAAGUUCUGUGCUUUGAACUGGAAAGAUCAAUCAGUAGUUGUCCUGGCCACUGUGGACAAAGACAAGAAAAACAAUCGAUUCAAUGAUGGAAAGGUUGAUCCUGCUGGGAGAUACUUUGCAGGCACCAUGGCUGAGGAAACAGCCCCAGCAGUUCUUGAGCGACACCAAGGAUCCCUGUACUCCCUCUUUCCUGACCACCAAGUGAAGAAGUACUUUGACCAGGUGGACAUCUCCAAUGGCUUGGAUUGGUCCUUAGACCACAAAAUCUUUUAUUACAUCGACAGUCUGUCCUACUCGGUGGAUGCCUUCGACUACAACCUGCAGACAGGAGAGAUCUCUAACCGCAGAAGUGUUUACAAGCUGGAGAAAGAUGAACAUAUCCCAGAUGGAAUGUGUAUGGAUACUGAGGGGAAACUUUGGGUGGCCUGUUACAAUGGAGGAAGAGUGAUUCGUCUAGAUCCAGCUACAGGAAAAAGGAUACAAACUGUGAAGUUGCCUGUUGAGAAGACAACUUCAUGCUGUUUUGGAGGAAAGGACUACUCGGAAAUGUAUGUGACCAGUGCCCGGGAUGGUCUGGAUGCUGAGGGGCUUCUGAAGCAGCCGGAAGCUGGUGGAAUUUUCAAGGUAACUGGCCUUGGGGUUAAAGGAAUUGCUCCCUGUCCAUAUUCAGGGUGAGCAAUAUUGAAGACCACCGAAAAAUUCAGGAAAUAAAUUCGUGGAAAUUUAGUCUAGUUUUUAAAUGAAACAAUCACAUUAUUAACAGUGCUAAGUUUUCAUUUACAAUGGGAGGAAAGGUGAGGAUUGAAUUUAGAGCUUUGUGUAUUCUAAGCCCCUGUUCUAGCAAUCAGCUGCAUCCCCAGCCCAUUACUAAAAGGUUUCUGAUAGGUUGAACAUUUUGAACAGGGUCUGGCAAAUGAUUUUGAUUUCAUACUCAAAGGCCUUCCUGAAAAUCACCAUAGAAAUGUAGCAUUCCACUCUCAACCAACUUGUUGAUUGUUUGCAAAUUGCUCAAGGACUACAUCUGUUCUUUUUUUUGCUAGCC